AUGGACGCUGCCCCGCUCUUCGGCGGCGGCGGCGGCGCAGCACCAGCCAGCAGCGACGUUGGACCUGCGGCAGCGCUGGUCCUGGCGUCCACGUUUGAACUCGUCGCCGCGGCCUCGCUCUCCUCCACCGCCGGCAUCGCCGCCGGCGCUGUCUCCGCAGCGCUCUCCGGCCUGCUGCUCGCGCUGACGCUGGCCGUCAAGCUGCCCACCCCGCUGCCUGCCACGUUUGCGCCCAACGCCACACGCUUCCUCCUCGCCUGGUGGUCGCUCGCCUGCCUCGGCCUCACCUUCACCGGCCCCUUCACCACGCUCGGCAACGGGCACCUCUCGACGUGGGGCGCGCUGUUUGCGAGCGUCGCGGCGGCGCUGCCCUACUCGGGCCACCUGGCGCGCGCCGUCGACCGCUUCGUUCGCCUCGCCAAGGGGGACUUUGGACUCCUCCUCCUCCUCUGCAUCGGCUCCGCCGUCGUGGCGCUGCAGGCAUUCUGCAGCUACGUGCACAGCCGCUCAGGCGUGGACGCGUGGGCGCUCGCUGUGGGCCUCGUCUCGGCGGCGGGGUGCGGUGGGCUUCUGAGCCAGCCGGGGCUGGCGGCGCAGCAGGCGCGGAUCGUCUCGCUGGCGACGGCCGGCUGGUGGACGCAGGGGCUCGUCAUCACCUUUCUGCCGCACGAUUUCACGAGAACCGUCAACGGCUUCCUCGCUGUCUGGACCUGCAUCCUCCUCUCCCUCGUGCUGCUCAACUCGACUGCGGGCGGCGCCGGGGGAGGAGGCGGCGGGGGCGGAGGAGGCGGGCUCGCGCCGGGUCAGCCGCGGGGGGACCUUGCGCAUACGCCCUACUCGCUCGCCCCGACGGCCGACAACGCCACCGGGGGCGGGCUGCCCAGCUUUGGGGCGGCGCACGAGCCGACGGACGCGUACUAUGCCGCCGGGGAGGAGUGA